GAUGAAACAGGUCACAUGAGUGGGCGGCUCGGCCUGGGAAUGACGUCGCAGUGUAGUAACUUUUUCUCUCAAAGAAAGGAAGUGAUAUCUGGUGUCUGCCGGCAGAAAGUCGUCGGGAUUAAUUCUCUAGAAAUCGUCGGAAUACACGCUUAAAGAAGAAACCAUGCCUGGAGAUAUUGCCAAAGGAAAGAAGACAUUUGUCCAGAAGUGUGCCCAGUGCCAUACUGUGGAGAAGGAUGGAAAGCAUAAGGUUGGGCCAAACCUGUGGGGUCUGUUUGGACGCAAGACAGGCCAGGCAGAGGGCUACUCCUACACAGAUGCCAACAAAAGCAAGGGUAUCAUCUGGGAAGAGGACACACUCAUGGUGUACUUGGAGAACCCGAAGAAAUACAUUCCAGGAACCAAAAUGAUCUUCGCUGGCAUCAAAAAGAAGAAUGAAAGAACUGAUCUGAUCGCAUACCUGAAGUCUUCAACUUCAUAAACAAGUCAUCUACAUGUUCAUGCUGUUUUUUAGGCUUCUUGACAAACUGUUGGCUGAAGGAUAUUUUUUCAAGACACUAUGAAUUCAUUAGAACUUCUUUUAAAGCCUUACAUCUGGCACAAGGUUGAGAUACCACAACAGUCUCAACAUUAGACAGAACUGCAGGCACUGAGCAGUGUUUUGGUAUGAGAAGUUGCCAUAUUUGUCACAGCUGUACUUCUGUUUUGACUGUAUUCCUCCAUGCUGGUGGAGUAAAUGAUAUCCCCUGGUUUUAACAGGUAUCUUUUUAAUAUAAUAAGUUAUUGAACCACAUAGUUGCUCAGAAUGUAGGGAGUGAAAGCUGUAUAAAGUAAUUGCUAAUUACACCUUUCAUCUAUUAUUGAGAAUAUUUGCUAAUGAAAUGUCAUCCAUUAUUUUUUCCCGCAGCGGUUACUCGGUUGAUAAUGAACAUGUCGUAAUCAUUCAGUCAAUGUCUGUUCCAAGAAUAUGCCUGGAAGGUUCUGUCUCUAGUCCAGGGUUGGGCAAUGUCUUACUCAUGAAUGAUAGGCCUACCUCAACUGUCUUUAAUUAUGCCUUUGUUGAAUAAAAAAUAAUUAAACUGAACAAAUACUCUUGA